UCUGCCUCUGUUUAUAUGGCUAAGACCCGAUGCGUUCAUCUUCAGUUCGUCCACAUCGGUCACCACGAUUGGAAAAGGGAUAACUGAGUUUAUUCCAUUGAAAAAUUCAAAAUAUUUACUGGAGUUUGUUGUGUCAAAAAAACCAUAAAAUUCGUUGCAAAAUGACGCGUGCAGCUCUUUGCAUGGCCGUCGCUUGCAUUUUGAUGCAAUGCGUCUACUCGGCAAAGUUCGAUGAACAGAACCGUCGUCUUAUUCUCGAUAUAAACGACCAAAAGACAACGAACCGUCAAUACUAUUCGUCAAACGUUGACACAAAUGCCUAUCGAUAUGGCUACGAUGUCGGCAAGACCGGCAACUUCCAUCACGAGACCCGCGGUCCCGAUGGAGUGACCUACGGCUGCUACGGCCUCAUCGAUCCCUACCAUCUCCUCCGGGCAACACACUACGUGGCCGAUGCCCACGGCUACCGCACCGUGGAGCCGGAGAAGCCGGUGGAGACCUUCCCGCCUCAUCUGUACAAGGAGACCGACGGCGGUCCCUCCGAGCCGGGCAUCCUGCUGCAGUGGGAGGAACUGUACUUCCCCAUUGGAUGUGGAAAGUUUGCGAAUGGCGCCCAACAUGGCGUACCAUUCUUCCUCGAAGAUUUCAAGAACAAGGGCGGUAGCAACGAUGCGAUACCAUCGUUCUCGGCCAACACAAUUGUGAUUAAGGGCUCCGACCAGAAGAGUCUGCCCAUCCACAAGCCCACCGGCCCACUGGUGCCCCAGGGCACGGGGAUCUUUGGCACGGACAAGGGUCAUUCGGAUCUCAGCCAUCCCGGCGAUCAGGCGCCGUCCUUCCAUUCGGUGAACACCCUGCUACCGGGCAGCAAUAAUGAUGGCCAGUACGUGCCGGAUAGCAAUCCGUAUGUGCAUGUGAUUGGACCCAAUGGAGGAGUCGGAGGCAGCGGCUCUGGCGGCGGUUUCGGUGGAAAUGGAGGAUUUGGAGGAAAUGGCGGGUUUGGACCCAAUGGACCUAAUGGACCCAACGGACCCAAUGGACCAAAUGGACCCAAUGGACCACCUGGACCUCCUGGACCACCGGGUCCAGUCGGCGCGGGAGGAGGAGCCUCAGGAAAACCGGUCUACAAGGAUGGUGAUCGCACUGGCCUGGGCGCUGGAUCCGGAAUCGGUUCCGGCGAUCGCAUUAGCACCGGAAACGGUGGUGGUGUUGGAUCCGGCGAUCGUUAUGUCACCGGAAACGGUGGUGCAAGUGGCGCCGGCGGUCGCUAUACCACCGGAAACGGUGGUGCCGUCGGUGGCGGCGAUCGCACCGGAACCGGAAGCGGUUUCGGAAUCAGCGCCGGUGGCCAGUAUCGCCCGGACAAUGAGGGAACCUACACGAGCACCUACACGCACACCGAGACCGGUUUUCCUGGGGCGGUUCCAUAUGUUCCAGAUAACGGUAAAUAUAACGACAACAGCGGACGCUAUAACGGUAUUAACGAUGGUCGGUAUUAUCACGAUGAUUCGGGCAAAUAUGUUCACGUUGAAGGCCCCACUGGACCACCAGCACCUCCAUAUGUCCAUGUUGUUGGACCCGAAGGCGGAUAUGGCGGCAACGGCGGCAACGGAGACGGCGGCGGCGUAGGCCCAGGCGGCCCAGGAGGACCUAAAGGACCUGGCGGCCCCAAGGGACCCAACGGACCCAACGGACCUCCCGGACCCCCCGGCCCACCCGGACCACCUGGACCUCCCGGACCCAAGGGACCUACUAAGCCCGGACCUUUCGGACCCCCGGGACCACCCGGCCCACCCGGACCCACUCGUCCCGGACCUUAUGGACCUCCCGGACCACCCGGCCCAACUCGUCCCGGCCCACCAGGACCUUCUCCCACCGAUCCCCGUUACUCGGACAAGGAGACGCCCGGCUACCUGCCACCUCAGCAAAAGGGUAACAUCUCCAAGCCACCUCCAUCCUACUCACAAACCAUUGAAAUUGAACCACCUAAAACAGUUUUUAAGCCCAAUUACGAACACAACAAUGAUUAUGUUAUUAAGAAAGUGCCUGUAACGACUAAACCACCACUAACCUAUAUUCCUCCUUCUUUCCCAAACACUCCAAAACCCUACGUUCCCGUUCCCGUUCCCGUUCCUCAACCGCCAUCCCAAAAAAUAACCACGACGACGAUCGUACAGCCAAAGGUCCCGGCUAUCAUUAUUGAGAAGGAUAAGCCACAUAAGAGCGUUACGACACCGCCAGUGACAACGGGUAAUAUUGAAAACCACACGUACCUACCACCACCACCGCCGACUCCGAAAUACGUGACCAAGACACCGACUCCGAAACCAACUCCGAUACCCAUCCAUUACGAGCCCUCGACUCCACGACCUUUCGAAAAGGUGGUGAUAACCUCACCGCCACAGAUCCAAUACCAUACGCCACAGGUCCCAACCGUGGUGAACGUACCCAAACAACCCGUGACUGUUCCACCGUACAAACCCGUGACACGACCUCCCCCAGUUUACGUUGAACCCAAAGUAACGCCACGUCCCUCUCCCCCAUUGCAUGUGCCAUCGAUAUCGAUCAGCGAUCAGUCCUGUGUUUGUAACGCCGAUAAGACGCACUCAUCGAAAAGCACCCUUACCUCAACCACAAGCACAACCACAACCACGAACUCCUAUCCCAAUCCCGCCUCCGUUGACUUUAACAAACAAUUUUCCGGCUUCAAUGGACAAGCAAACUUCGGCAGCAUAAUAAACGCCAUGUCACUGACCCAACUGCCGGUGAUACCCCAGGCACCCGGACAGCCGGCCUUCUAUCCGCCGGACAAGAUCCCCAAGGGCGCUGUUAUCGCUCUCAUGCCCGUGGUGAUCCUGCCCCAGGAGUACUAUUCCAAUUGUGACGACAACUCGAUCAAUCAACACUCGAACAUCGAUCCCUUCCCGCUGGGCGUUCAGCCGGGCGUAUCCUUUAGCCUUCAUUCGGUGCUGACGGGUUCGGCGCCCAAGGAUCAAUGCAUGUGCCCCUGUUCGUGCACCCAGAACCUGCCGUCGAGAUUACACAAGAAACGCGAAGCCAGCGAAGCUGAGGCUCCAGUGGAGGUUAAACACGAAGCCGCUGCCUCCGAAGAGGUGAAGACCCUGGUCGAUUCCCUGCCAGCCGCCUCGGAAGAGGUCAAGGUUAAGGUCGCCGAACCAGUGGCGCCCGAACAGGUUAAGGCCGAGGCUGUGGCCGAACCCAAGCCCGCAGCAUCCGAAGAGGUCAAGGUGAAGGUUGAGCCCGUUGCAGCGGCCUCCGAAGAGGUCAAAGUUGCGGCUGAACCCGUUUCAGCGGCCUCCGAAGAAGUCAAAGUAAAGGUUGAACCCGAAGCAGAGAAAACCCUGGCUGACCCUAAACCAGAAAUCAAGGCGACUAGCGAGACGAACUAAGACAAGGACAAAAGAGAGAGGACUACCCAAUAUCCCUAAUCCCAGAUCCCCGCUUAAUCCCAUCCCAACCAAGAUCCCUCCUCUCCCACGAAAAAAACUAAACCUAGUCUAAGUGUUUUUAGUGUCAACCAGCAUUUAAGAAGGGUCUAAAUCGAAUGGAGAACCCAGCUAAUGUGUUCGCUUUCUUGUGUUAUUUCUAAAUCGAAUUCGAUGAUAUUGUUUUCCUCACACCUUUGGUAAAUGCACUCCAGACCGCCUGUCCACGAUGAGUUUCGGAGCUCUCUAAUUGAAUAUUAUCUCCUUUAAAUACCAUUUUGUAAUCUAAAAUAUUUCCUCUACGAGAGAGCACUGAGAAUUGGCAAAAACUUAGAAGAAGAAUUGAGCGAAAAUUGUCCUGUGACAUGUUGUUUAUUAUGCAUUUGUGUAUGCUUUUUAUUUUUUAUGAUUUUGUUCAGUUUUAUUUCUUUAUGAUUUUUUAUCAACUUUAGUUCUUAGUUUAUUUAAUGUCUACUCUAAUAAUGAUUGAGACGGAAUAAUGAAUUGUUAUGUCAAAAGAGA